AUGCAGGUCAUCCGGCGCCUCCUCACCGCGCGGUCGCGCAGCGCCACCCUGGAGGCCGACCUGCUUGAGGCGGCCAGGGCGGCCCUGCCCACCACGCACCUGCAGCUGGCCGGCCAGCGGCUGCUGCUCGCCGCGCGCGCGCAGCUGCCGGCGCUCACGGCGCUGCCGGGGGCGCCGCCAGGCGAGGUGGCGGCCGCGCUGUUUGCGCGCCCGUUUGCGGCCGCGGUCAGCAUGGAGUUCCAACUAGGGAUGGCACUUGCGCUUGAGGCCGUCAGCGCCGCAGCAGCCGCUGGCCCCGCCACGCCGCGCACGUCAGAGGCAGCCGCCGCGUGGGGCGCGCCAGCGCUUGAGGCCUUGGCGGAGGCGGUUGCUUCGGUGCUGCGGGAGCGGCGGGAGGAGCUUGGCCGCUUGCUGGGGCUGAGCCUGCAGGAGGCCUUCCUGGAGCUGCUGCAAGAAGAGGCAGGCUGCGAGUCGCCCUGCGAGCAGCUGCUGGGCGGUGCUGAUGUCAGCGAUGACUCGUGGCCGGCUCUCGACAGCUGGGCCGAUGCCGCCGACCUGCUCGCCUGCUGCUGCGCCACAAGGCCACCAGGCAGCUGCGGCAGCAGCACGUCAGCCGCCCUGGGUCCCCUUCGGCACCAAACCUCUGACGCCAUCAGCCAUGAGCGCUCUGAGGGCGGCGUCGGCGUGGCCAAGCGCGGCGGAGGAAGCGGGAGAGGCGAAGCAGCCCGAGGCGGCUGCGAUUUGCCGCGGACCAGCUUCAAGCGGAAUAACAGCAGCGAGCGGACGGGGCGCAGGCACGCAGCCGGCGGCGGCGGGAUGGGCCUGGGCUGGACCGCUGGCACUCCGCGCUCCUCCUGUGCCCGCGCAGAGGCAUCCGAGCCGCACACGGCCGGGUCCCCUCGUGCAGCGGCGCGGCAGCGAUCGACCAGGCGCCCCACGGAGCAGGGGGAUCGCCCCGCGCGCAUCAGCGCGGCGGCGCAUGCGCUGCUGGCGUUUGUAGAUGGCGCGCUGCAGCGGCUGCCUCUUUAUCAUCCCACGUUGCAGGCACCGGUCUGCCUGGCGCUGGUGGACGCCCUGGGGGCUGUCCUGGACGACAGCGCUCUGCUGCUACCGCCACAGGCCCUAGGGCCACCAGACGGCUGGGAGCAGCCGGAGCCAGCGGCGCUGCUAUUGCACGCGGCUCGCGCGCAGUGCGUGCAUCGGCGGCUGCAGUCGAUGGGCCCGCUGGUGCAGGCGAUGGCGCAGCGCCAGGCACGGCGCUCCUUCGACGGCGCUGCGGCGGAUGCUGGAUCCAGCAGCUUGGAGGUGCCGGGCGGCCACAGCAGCGGCUGGGUGGAGCCCGAUGAUGGGCUCGGUCGUGUGGAGCGGCGGCUGGCGUCUGGCCACGCCGCGCUGCUGGCGCGCGCUGCGGAGCUGGCUCCCGCGCUGCAGCAGGAGGUGUCAAGGGUGCACGUGUCUCUUGUGGAGACAGCGGUCGGCGCUGCGCUCGACACCACCUCUUGGGCCUCGCUGCGGCCGCCGAUCAAGAGCACCGGCUGCGCCGGGCCUGCGGCGCGGCUGUGGCGGGUGCAGCUUCUGGGCUUGCUGCACACGGCACGGCAGGCGCUGGCGCCCAGCAAGGUGGCGGAGGUCACAGGAGAAGUUCACUGA